AAAAUCCUUCGGUCCUUGGUUGAUAGCAAGUCUGCUUCGGGAUUCAGUAGUACGAAUCGGUAGUAAAUAAAGCUUGAACUUGGCAAGUGUAGACAGUUUAGCGCCGCCGGGGAUCUCUCGCGAGGUGGUCCCUUCUUCCCAAGGGCAGGUCAUGGGAACCGCGGAAUGGAAGAUCACUGUGUGGUGGGAAUAGUUCAAAAAUUGAUUCGUAGUGCAUCGGCAAGCGAAUCGCGAGUGUCGCAGCACUGAAUAUGGAGUUCGCAGCAACGAACGGAAAGGGUUAAUCCCUUUGAUCUUUCGCUGAUGAGUCUGGUUUGGGUGCGUUUCGCGAAGAGCUUAAAAGUCGUCGAAACCGGUGCGAAUAGUGCGUGAAAAAAGAACAGUGUGGUGAGCGAAAAAUAUGUAUGUAAAAACCAGUUUUGGGGUUGUUAUUUAAUGCACCCGGCGACGCAAGAAACCUUCAGCAAACACAAACGGAACGCGGUGCUGCGGUGAACAUAAUCAGUUACGGUUGAAUUGUCCCGCGAGACUCUGUGGUCACCGCCUGGAUGCUCCAGCAUGGAUUAAGUGUGCUGACGCACGCAGAAGCUCAACAAGUUCCGCCACAGCAUCCAACGGAUCCUAGCAACGGCGUCGUACAGCGGAAACAGCCAAGAUUAAACACUCCACAGACCGACACCGAUUCGGGGCGUUGAAGCCUGGUGAAGCCUGUUCAAAGUUUUAUUUCCUUUAAAAAUAUCGUCAGGAGAAACUGCCAUAAAUUAAAGUUGCUGCCGGUUGGUUUUGGUGUGGCCAAAAAAACAUUGAGGCCCAGGCUCGGGAAAGCAAUAAAAGCAGCGCGUUUGGACAGCCUCCAACUGGUAGUAGUAGCGAUUAUCAUAAUGCGGUCAUUUGAUAACGGCAGCAACGGUUUUACGGAAAACUAUCGACCACGUUGUGACCGUCGAGGCCGCCGCCACCGGCUGCAAGGCUGCCCCGCCGAAGACGAUGCCACAGACGGCCGCUGCUCAUUGACUGGAACAAAUCCGCGGGCUGCUCCGACGACGACAGUGAAUGGCAGUGAUACAGGCGCUUCCUCCGGCACUGCUGGAACUGCUGAAUCGGUGAUGAAGAGAAAUCUCCUGUAAUACGGUUCCAAAGAGGGAGCUAUUAAAAAGUAUAUUGUGUGUAUUUUGAUUAAGGAAGACGAGAAGAAGAUUUUACUGUGAUAUGCUAAGUCGGUACAAAGAAGAAGCUGGCACGAGUCAAGUGUGUGCUGUUGCUGUUGUUCUGUGUGAAUGUGCUAUGAAGAGAACCAGCUCAAGUUAAUUAAGAAUCAAACCAUGCUCAAAUCAAAACGUGCACUGGUGCUAUCAGUGAUAUCAUUGUUAGGCUCGCUGGUCAAUCUGGCCGGCAGUGAGUACCGUACCUCAAGCAAUGGAAGCAACAGCAAUGCCGAAAGUAGUCAUUACGAGUACAACGACAGCGCGUUCGUCAACCAUAGCAGCAAUGUCAUCGAGCAGAUUAGUCCGAAAUCGUUGAAAAACCUUCGCCACAUCAAACCAUCCUCACCUUCGUUCGCGCUCAACGCCAAGACUGCCGGCAACCAGUACGCAAUAGACGAUGACCUCAACUCCACACAGGCCACCUACUCCUCGGUCGGACCGUCUCCGAUGGUGGCCGCCCUCCGGCGACAUUCCACCAUCGGAACUCACAGCGAACCGCCCCACGUCAAGUUCGCCAUCCUCCUGCCGGAGAAACCGCGAAACCGGCGGGACGUCCGCAUUCUGUCCACCAUUCGGCCCGUCAUCGAGAUGGCCACCCGGGUCGUCACCGGACCGGAAGGGGUGCUGCGGAACGUGCGAAUCGAAAUCGAUUACCGCGACACGCAAUGCUCGUCCACGUACGGUGCACUCGGCGCGUUUGACAUUUUUCUCAAGCGCAAGCCAGACGUAUUCUUCGGUCCCAUCUGCGAUUACGUGAUCGCUCCGAUCGCCCGGUACAACUCGGUCUGGGGAAUUCCGAUCCUAACCACCGGUGGCCUCACCGAUGCGUUCUCGAUCAAACCGAGUUACCCGACCCUGACGCGGAUGAUGGGCAGCUACAGUGAUACCGGGUUGGCCGUCCGUGAGAUCCGGAGGCACUUCAACUGGACCGUACAGGCGUUCAUCUACCAUGACAACGAUGAGAACAAAGGAAAAGGACACUCGGACUGCUCGAUGGCCAUUUCGUCGAUCUUCCGGGCGCUGAACACGACGGAUUACUUCUCGCACAACUUUGACGAGACCGAAACCAGCUACAAGGAUUACCUGCAGUUCCUGACCAAGACCAAGCGAAAGGCUCGAAUUGUCAUCAUGUGCGCCAGUCCAGCGACCAUCCGCGAGAUCAUGCUGGCCGCCGCCGAGCUCAACAUGGUCGACAGCGGAGAGUACGUCUUCUUCAACAUUGAGAUAUUCAGCAGCAUGGCCGCCACGAAGAAACCGCCGUGGUUUGUGAAGAACGACACCGAAGAACGCAACCAGAAGGCCAAAAACGCUUACACGGCCCUGCUACAGGUGGUCGCCCGGCAACCGGAGGACGAAGAGUAUCGGCGCUUUUCGGAAGAGGUCAAACAGCUCACCAAGGCCAACUUCAACUACACGUACGCCGAGGACGAACCGGUGUCCACGUUCGUGACGGCGUUCUACGACGCCGUGCUGCUGUACGCGUACGCCCUGAACGACAGCAUCGCCCUGCUCGGCGAAGAGCGCGCCCUCCAGCAGCCCAUCAACGGGACGCACCUGGCCCACCUAAUGUGGGGCAAGUCGUUCAAGGGCAUCACCGGUAACGUGACCAUCGAUGCAAACGGCGAUCGGCUGUCGGACUACUCGCUGCUCGAUCUCAACCCCAACACCGGAAUGUUUGAGAUCGUCGCAAACUAUUUCCACGACGGUGGCCUUCACUUUGUCGAAGGCAAGACGAUUCACUGGUCCGGCGGGAGGUUGACUGCUCCGCCGGAUCGACCGACCUGCGGUUUCGACGGCUCUCUAUGUCCCGAUAAGUCCCUUCCCGGGUACGCCAUUUUGUCGCUGAUCCUGGGCGUUUGCGUCAUCUGCAUGGCGAUCGCGUCGAUCCUGGGCUACCGGCACUACAAGCUCGAGGCGGAAAUCAACUCCAUGACAUGGAAAGUACACGCGAACGAGGUGCUCUCCUGCAAUCCUAGUCACGGCCAUCGGGGCAGCAUGCACCUGAUGGCCAAGCGUGGCAGCCAAGCCACUAUCUACUCCGAAGACCUUAAUUCGCUACCUGGUGACCGGCAAAUCUACAUUCAGUUUGGAUUCUACAAGGGUUGCAAGGUUGCAAUCAAGAAGAUCAACAUCCACAAUCUGAACCUGAACCGCACGAUGAUGCUGGAGCUCAAGCGUAUGAAGGACCUCCAGCACGAUCAUCUGGUUCGGUUUUACGGUGCCUGUCUCGAUCCCAGUCCGGAGCCGUUCGUCCUGACCGAGUACUGCCCCAAGGGCUCGCUUCAGGACAUCCUGGAGAACGAAACGAUCAAGUUGGACUGGAUGUUCAAAAUAUCGCUCAUGCACGACAUCGUCAAGGGCAUGGCGUUCCUGCAUUCCACGGAAAUCCACUCGCACGGUGCCCUCAAGUCGUCCAACUGCGUGGUGGACUCGCGGUUCGUGCUCAAGGUCACCGACUUUGGGUUGCAUCAGCUGCGCAAACCAACCGAGGAGCUGGACCAGGAGAGUUACGCCUACUGGAAGAAACUUCUCUGGACCUCCCCCGAACUGCUGCGAGAUCCUCACCAUGACCCGGCCGGAACUCCCAAGGGCGAUGUCUACUCGUUCGGCAUCAUCGUGCAGGAGAUUGUUUCAAGACAGGGGCCGUUCUACACCGGAGACGAUGAAAAGUCGCCCAAAGAAAUCAUCAAACUAGUCAAAAAUGGACCCGAAUCGUACGGCAUGCCGUUCCGACCGCGGGUCGACGAAACGUCCUACGAGGACGUCAACAACAUCAUGGUCAAGUGCUGGGCCGAAGAACCCCUAGAGCGGCCAGAUUUCAACCUGCUGAAAACGAUCAUACGGAAAAUCAACAAAGAAAACGAAUCUGGUAAUAUAUUAGAUAACUUAUUGCAACGCAUGGAGCAGUAUGCAAAUAAUCUGGAGGCACUAGUGGAAGAGCGCACCCAAGACUACUUCGAGGAGAAGCGCAAGUGCGAGGAACUGCUGUACCAGCUGCUGCCAAGAUCUGUGGCCGCGCAGCUGAUUAUGGGCAAAUCUGUGAUAGCCGAAACCUACGAUCAAGUGACUAUUUAUUUUAGCGAUAUUGUUGGUUUUACGUCCAUUUCCGCGCAGAGUACGCCGAUGCAGGUCGUGGACCUGCUCAACGAUCUGUACACCUGCUUCGACUCGAUCGUGGAGAAUUUCGACGUGUACAAGGUCGAAACCAUCGGUGACGCUUACAUGGUUGUGUCCGGCCUGCCGAUGCGCAACGGCAAUCUCCACGCCCGGGAAAUCUCGCGCAUGGCGCUGGCUCUGUUGGCCGCCGUGUACAAGUUCAGCAUCCGGCAUCGGCCCAACGAGCAACUUCGGCUGCGGAUAGGCUUGCACUCUGGUCCCUGCGUCGCGGGUGUGGUAGGACUGAAAAUGCCCCGUUACUGUCUCUUUGGGGACACGGUCAACACGGCCUCGCGAAUGGAGUCCAACGGGGAAGCGCUGAAGAUUCACGUCAGCAGCACCACCAAGCAGUUGCUGGACACUUUUGGCACGUUCGAUGUAACCGAGCGUGGCCUCGUACCGAUGAAGGGCAAGGGAGAAAUGCUAACGUACUGGUUGAACGGUGAAAAGACCGAAUCCAGCUUCAAAUCGCCGGCCAAACCUCCCGACGGAGUUGGUGGACCGGUGGCACUUUUGAACGGAGUUCCACCGACCGGAAUUCUCAACAAUAACAACAACAGCGCCAUGUACAGCUUGAACAGUGCCAAUGGUGGCGGCGGCGGCGGCGGUGGAACCACCAAAAAGCUCAACAACGUUUCGUAUAAUUUCAUCAAGUCCAACAGCACCAAGAACCUGCCCAACACGAAGGCACGUGUCAGUCUCGGUGGCGAGGACACGAUCCGGGGCGUGACCCAACCGCUGCUUACGCAGAUCAAUUGAUAUUCGCUUCAUCGCAAGUAAUAGGAAUGCAGAUUGGUAAAAAAAAACAAGGGAGGGAAACAAUACAAUAGAUGUAUGGAUGUACCUAAAUAGAAGAACAACAUCGCAGCAUAGAAACAAACAAAUAAAAAGUCAAAAUCAAAAAUCUAUACGCAACGGAAUGUGUGUUUGUACGUGAUGAGAAAACAAUGUGUUAAUGUGAAAUAAUAUACCAAAAUCUGUCUAUAUGCGAUAUGUUGAACCAUUUGAUGCAGGAUAGAGUUUAUGUACUUACGACAUUUGUGAUCAAUUUCGUAGUUCUAGAAAUGUGUAUCUGUAAGCGCUUACUAUAAAGAAUAUAGUUUUACCUCAUUUCACAACUAAUUUACUCAAUAGACGAAAAACAUCGACGGCGUCCAUUAAUGCUAAUUCAAUUGAGAAGAUACAUACAGGAAAGGAAAAAAAAUAAAUAUCAAAAUGACUCUAAAACGUUUCUGUCAACAAAAAUGUUAAAAUUACGGUACAUGAGUGUAAAUGUUGCAUUAUGUGAAACAAUAAAAUGUAAUAAAAUACUAUUUACAACUUUAAUGCUAAGCUCA